UUAGGGAUGUGGGAAACAUAUGUCUCGAUAAGGGCAAGACAGGAUUCCCUAGAGGGCGGGUCUUGGACUGCGUCAUGUGAGAAAAGCCGGGAGGACAGUUGUUGAAAGGUCGCGCGUGUGGGCUCACGGUAUAAAGAGAUAGUCCACUCGUGCGGGAAAGGCAGAAGGAACUUUGUGCUCAGGAAGACAGCUCAGAGAAACGGACGACCGUGCAGCUUUCCUUUACAGCUUUCCUCUUCUUCGCCAUGGCGCUCUCACGUGUGAUGCUUCUUGUCGCAGUCUGCUUGUAUUGUGUUCACCAUCACCAGACCGUGUCUAUGGAGAUGUCGAAGCGGUUUCUGCUGCCGUACGGCUUCGGCUACUACUGUGACUGCAAGUCCCUGGAAUCUCUCACCAACAAAUUCUGCCGCUACGACUGUCCAUGGCUACACCGUAGGCAGCCCAAGCCAUUAGCGGCCAAACGAGACCUGGAGCCGGCGAAGGAGGCGGAGGAGCUCCCGGUAGGAGUGCCGCAGCCUGCUCCGGAGUGUGAGUGUCACGGCAAUGAUGAGUACUCCUGGAGGAAUCCAGUAUGCCGACUGCUGUGCCGAACGGUAUAGCUCCCAAUACAGUGGCCCAGUGAGCAGAUCCAACGGACUAUCUCAGACAACGUACCAAUGGACAAUGGACUCGUCACUCACAAGACUUGCAAUAACAGAUUUUUACAUCAUUAUCAUUUGUAGUGGAUAGGACAGAACUUUAGAAUUUCUGUUUUGCGUGUUUUCUGAAAGGAUUUCAUCGUAAAGAUGCUAAUAACAAUUUCCUUGGACAUUGUUAAAUGUGCCUGUAUUGCGUUUAAAAAGUGAGAAAUAUAUUUCAAACUGUUGAACGGUUUGCCAAAUGACUUUGAAAUAAAAAUUCAAUGGUAAAUAAAGAACACUGACAGAUGCAAUG